GUCGGCAGUCGGUCUCUGGUCGGCCCCAAGAAUAGUCGUAUCGAGGCGGUAGUCGAGUAUCACCUCUCUUCUCCUCCUCCUGCUUGUGCCGGCACGAGCGCACUCGUCGACCUACAGGCAUACGCGCAGCUUAUCGACUGGGUUGCGCGCGCGCGAGCGCGUUCCUUCUCCUCUUUCUCUCUUUACCUCCUUCUCGUUCUAUCCUCCUCUUCUCUCUCUCCCCAUCGCACCACUUUACACGCCAGCACGCUCGUUCUCCGUUCCUCUCUACCGCGGUGGCUCUCUCGCGGUUCCGCGUUACCUCGUGGCUGCCCUCCGUCGCAACCGCCACCGCCACCUCCACCUUAGCCUCCUCCUUUUUCGCCUCAUCCUCCCACCCUGGUUCGCGCGGUUCGCGAUCUUCGUCCUACCGCGGUGCUCGAUACCGCGAUCCUUUGGCCUCUCUGCCUCCGUUCUCUCCGCGUGUUUCCUCCACCUCUCCGGGCAUCCAGCACCCACCCUGUGGCGUGCGUGGAGCACACACCCUCUCCGCCCUGUGACUCGGUGGCUCGUGCCACCGCGCAUCCACCCAGCGUCGAUAUACCACGAUACCGCGGAUACAACGACGCGAGGAUACGCGGCUGAUCUACCGCGUGCGCGCGAUCGCGAUCUCGAUCUCGAUCCCUGAUCCCCGAUCCUCGUCUCCACGACUCGACCCUGCGCCGUUGAGACGCGCGACCCGCUCACCCGGAACGAGUCGGUGCUCGGUGGUGUCCAAGUUGCGUGUUUUUCUCUCUUCUUCCGGAAUACCGUUGCUGCCGCGAUCGUCGCCAGAAACAGUGACAAGUGCGAGCGCGUCCGCAGGAUCGCCACGAGAUUUCGCCGAUCGCCGGGCUGUGGAUCGCGACCUGGUGACGCGAGAUCCUGCGAAAUCGAAUCGCGGUCGAUCGGACCAACGCGACGGUAGUGAUCGUUCGAUCGGCGCGCAUCGCACGGUUCGUCGCCGUGCCGUUCCGUCGCCGCGUCGGAACCAACGACGAUCGCGCCGCAGUCGCGACGGUGAACCAGCGAGGAUGUCACGCUCGGGAUUCAGAUUCCCGACCUUCUCGAGCAAACUCUGACCAGUGCGCGUGUGUGAGUGAGCAAAAGUGCGUUGUCGUGAGUUGUUUGUUGGACCGUGAUACGUGGUCGAGGUGGUGCCCGCGCAUUCGUCAAACUCUCGUUCGAGGAAAAUCGGCGGAGGAAAGCAGAGCGGAAGAAGGGACGUAACGAGAAGGCAGCGAAGGCGGAGAAUAAGAAGAAGAGGAAGAAGAAGAAGAAGAGGAAGAAGAAGAGUAAGAAACAGCAGCAGCAUCAGCAUCAACAGCAGCAUUAGCAGCAGCAGCAGCAGCAGCAACAGCAGCAGCGAGGAGAGCGAGUAGGAAACGGCGGCGACGAGGGGUGGUCGGCGGUGGUCGCGGCCAAGAAGAGGAAACCGGCAGGGUGGUUCGAGGCGGGACAGGAGGCGCUGACGCCCUGGCGACUGCCGGGGUGGUUUACCCGGCCGCGACAGCGACGUUGUUCCCUGGCCGGGUGUCAGCUGGACACCACCACCCCGAGUUCACCACCACGUUGGAGGUGGGGUUCCCGGCGCGCGGCACCACCGCCUCUAUGGCGUUGGUAGCCGCGCCGCCCUCGUGGCCCUCGCGGGACCCCGGGGCCAGCUUGGCCGCGACCGGUGCAGUCCGCCGCGGGCCCAGGCCCGAUACAAAUCGCUCCGCCGCCCCCGAUGCCCCCGACUCACCUGACGCCCUCCGCCACGCCGGAGGACAUUACCUGCCUCGUGCCCGCCGGAGCGGUUCUCACGCCCAGGGACCCCCUGCCGCCCAGCACCACCCCCGGAAGCCAAGCCAACAGCUCGCAAUCCGGCAGCUCGCAAACCGACAAAUCGCCCAACAUCGAGUGCGUCGUCUGCGGGGACAAGAGCAGCGGCAAACACUACGGCCAGUUCACCUGCGAAGGAUGCAAAAGCUUCUUCAAGAGAAGCGUCAGGAGAAACCUAACUUACUCGUGUCGAGGAAAUAGGAACUGUCCCAUCGACCAACACCAUAGGAAUCAGUGCCAGUUUUGUCGAUUGAAAAAGUGCCUGAAGAUGGGCAUGCGCCGGGAAGCCGUACAAAGGGGUCGAGUGCCACCGUCGCAGCCAUCGCUACCAGGUUUGCCGGGACAGUUCGCCCUGACGAACGGUGACGCGGUCGCGUGUGCCAACUUGAACGGUCAUUCUUACCUCUCCUCGUACAUAAGUUUGCUGCUGAGGGCAGAACCGUAUCCGACCUCGCGAUACGGCCAGUGCAUGCAACCGAACAACAUCAUGGGAAUCGACAACAUCUGCGAGCUCGCGGCGAGAUUGCUGUUCUCGGCGGUCGAGUGGGCCAGAAACAUCCCGUUCUUCCCGGACCUACAAGUCACCGACCAGGUUGCCCUGCUCAGGCUAGUUUGGAGCGAGUUGUUCGUGCUAAACGCGAGUCAGUGCUCGAUGCCUCUGCACGUGGCGCCGCUGCUCGCCGCGGCCGGUCUUCACGCUUCCCCCAUGGCGGCGGAUCGCGUCGUCGCCUUCAUGGACCACAUCAGGAUCUUUCAGGAACAAGUGGAAAAGUUGAAGGCGCUACACGUCGACUCCGCGGAGUACAGUUGCCUCAAGGCCAUCGUCCUCUUCACCACAGAUGCUUGUGGAUUGUCGGACGUGGCGCAUAUCGAGUCCCUUCAGGAGAAAUCGCAGUGCGCCUUGGAAGAAUACUGCAGGACUCAAUACCCGAAUCAACCGACGAGAUUCGGCAAGCUGCUUCUUCGAUUACCCUCGCUGAGGACGGUGUCGUCGCAGGUGAUCGAGCAGCUGUUCUUCGUUCGGCUGGUCGGGAAAACGCCGAUCGAGACGCUGAUCAGGGAUAUGCUACUCAGCGGUAGCAGCUUCAACUGGCCGUACAUGUCCACGAUGUGACAUUCUGUCUGGCGACAGCUAGCUUCCGCGUAAUACCCUCGCGCCAUUUCCCAUCGCCUCGUCCCUCUUCGACGUCGUCGUCGUCGACGUCGUCGUCGUCGUCGUCGUCGCCUCUUCGCCUCUCCGUCGUACGAACACCGUCGCGCCGCUUCGAGCAACUUUCCAACGAUUCGCCAAGCAUUCGCGGCUCCCCUGGGCUCCGGAACGGUGUCGAGGAAACGAACCGCGCGCGACGAUCGGUCGAGUCGGCGAAUCUGGACGAGGACGAGCGAACGAACAGCGAUAAAGACGCUGGAAGGUCGCGGUUCCAGCUUUUUCGAAGCACGCGAUCGAUCGCGCUACGGAUGAAAGGAAAGGCGCGAGCUCGCGUGUUUCGCCAGACCUUUUUCUCUGGAAUUGCAUCGCGUCCCGGCGCUCGAGGAACCGGGAAAGCGUUCGGGCUCGAACGCAGGAAAGAGAAGAAACGGGGGAAUUGAGACGAGCAGCGGUAUGAAAGGGGGAAACGCGGCGCGAAGAAAUCAUAAAUUAGCAUUUGUAAUCGACGGCAGGGGAUCUGGUAGAUCCUUCGCUGGCCGCUAUCUCGCAUCGAUCUCGCGUCGAGUAAUUGCCGUUAGUCGAGUCACGCCGAAACCCUUAGUCACUCGUUUCGACGUUUCGUCGUCCGCGUUCGUUCCACCUUUCUUCCACCGUCUUUCGUAUUUCUUCUUUCUUAGUCGGUUCUCGCGAACCACGCUUCCCGACCGCGUUUCGCGCUACUCCAUCGAAAUUCACCGAAACGACCCAAUUACACGGACCACUCUCCGCGUCUUUCCCUCGGAGCAUCUCGAUUCCGUACCACGAGUUUUCGAACGCGUGAUUUCUUCUCUUUCUUAAAUACCGUCUACGACGUCGCGGACCGUCUUACCGAUUCGCCGGUAACUAGUAACGCGGUAGCAAUCGUUUUCUCCAAGGGAGAGAAGCUCGCUUUCCACAAACACAGAAAACAAUCUGCGAAUUAUCGUCCGAUCGGUGGUCGUUUUACCUCGUCGAGAUAGUCUUCCGUGCAAAAGGUUUUCUUUCCUCCGCGUUGCGUCUCGCGACUCUGUAAAGUUCAUAUCGCGCGCGAAACGCGCGUUCGAACGAAUAAAAUUGGCGAGAUCGAGCGGAAUCCGCGCGAAUUCCUUCUUUCCACCUUACGAGACGACGAGGCGAGCGAUCGCGUCGCGUACCUAUCUUCCGGUCGACAUCUACCUCUCGAUCGACCACUCUCGCUCGUAUCCGUUUUCCGCGGAUUGCCUAUCGCGUGCUUUUUCGCUGGCCGAACGACCAUCUCGUUCGGCGAGGAAUCAGCGGGGCGAUGUCCGUUCCGAUUCGGUCUCGCAGUUUACAGGAGUCGCGAUCCGCUCGAAGAACGCGUUCGGAAACGACGCGACCAGCCGAAAGCGAACAAAUAUAUUUUUCUUCCGCGAAUAUGUUCGACCGAUCGCUGGUCGCCCGUCGUUUGAUAAAUUCGCGAUAGCGCCGACAGCGACAGCGUCAACGACGGACACGGUAAGAAACGAUUGCGGGGAAACUCGGCGAACGCAAUGUGAUAUACGCGUACGUCGAAAUUGAAAUCCGAUUUCUCGACACACACACGGUGCUUUUUUACGUUAUGAAUACUGUACGCUAGCCAGGCUCGAUGCGCUGUACAGAGUUUGCCGAGACGUCGAACGACAAAUCGUUCGAAACGAGCGAAAUUAUCGAAUAGCGCGCUACGUUAAGUAUGUGGCGAUGUCGAACUCUAGUUACUUAGACAACCAUUUAAGGGUAUAUGGGAUAUUUCUAAUAUUUUUAAGCAGCGAUCGUUUCUUAAAUGCGCACGCGCACGCGCACACAUACAAACACAGGCACACACAGGCAUACACAGACACACAUACACACACAACAAAGAGCGAAACAGCAGCGCGUUUCGAUAGAAAUCCACGAAGCGAACGCGGCCGAGGCGAGAACCGAAUCGACGAUGCGAACGGGGUUCGCUGUCCUCGAGACGCGUUCCCUUCGUCGAACGCAAUUUUUCGAGAAUGUCGAAGGAUGUAUUAUAUCGGAUACGAAUUACGUUGUGGUUGAGUGUACGUAGACCGAAAUGACAUUUAUGUAGCGUUAUGUAUAAAGGCGCGAGAAGAUUUUUGUAUAAAACGUGUACAUAAUUAAUAUAUAUGCAUAUAUAUAUAUAUUAUAUAUAUCAUAUAUAUUAUACAUAUAUAUAGUAUAUAUAUAUAUAUAAAAUAUAUAAAAUACAGAUAUAAAUACGAUUAUAAAUACGAACGUAAGCGCGAAUAUAAACACGAAUAUACGUCUAAAUGUAAAGAAAUAUAUAUGUCAGAAUUACAGAGUUUUGCACGUUCAAUCGAAACGCGCCCAACCAAUGCAAUGCAGCGAAAGGAGCAGAGCGUGCGAAGCGAGGCUGCGUCGUAGGACUUUGCUGUCGACGAGUCCAGGUAAGCCUCGACGAACGGAGCGAAUUCUGGCGAGAGGGACGCGUCACGUUGCUCGUCCGCGUGCGUUUCCGAACAUUCCCGCACGAUCGUCUUUCCAUAUGAACAAUCGCCGAGCGCAUUUUCCCUGACGCACGGCAGUGAUUUCUGGUCGACGCGACGCGACGACGAUGCAUCUGUCUGCGAACGCGACCCCGAGUGCCCUCGCUCGAGGAACGCGACUCGUUUCGGUUCUUCUUUAACCUCUUUUCCUUUUCCCGUACCGUUCGCACUCUCCUGUCAGCUCGGUUGCCUGCCACUCCGGACCGUCCUCCGCUUCGUACGCCUGUACGCCCCUACGCGAGCGACGCUACCUAGUUGCCCCUCUUCCACGUGCUUUCUCUUCCCAUUCUCUGCCUCCCCCCCCUCCCCCUUAGUAGUCGGAGUGAAAAAGCAUUUUUCGUUUUCGACCGGUGCAAACCACGUGUCUACGAAGGACGAUCCAUCCGUAUAAAAAGGUUUCGCAGGUGUUGGUUGCUGCGAGAUCGGGAGCAUCGCGAGGCGAACGCAUAAAACAGGGAUAAAUCACGCGAAGGAUGCCGAGCACGGCUAGGGCGAAGGAGCAAAAACGAAGAGAUCGCGAGCGACGGUGUGGCGUGGCGCGCGGAUAGCCUCGAACCAGCCGGAUGCUUAGAAUUUCGAUAAAUCUAACUUGGCAGGAGAAACAAACGGCUCAGGGGGAGACUUUUUUCCGUGCGAGUAGGUACCGUCGCGGUUUUUGGCUCUCGUUCAAAAAUCUCGCUUCUUUUUUCGUUCUCCGACCGCUGUGCGCACGGUAAACGAUGGAAUAACGCGAACGAAAUCGCGCUCGAUCGAAACGAGAGCCUGAGGAAGAGAAAGCUGAUCGCGCGGAUCGUUGCCCGUCCCUCGUCCUUCGCUGUUAAGAGGAAUUUUGGACCGAGUCCAGACCGACCAAACGUUCGAAUCGAUGAAUCUCUUUCGAUCGUUCCUGCUACCACGGUGGAUACGUGCUUACAUACCGUGUCUCGUCGCGUUCGAUCGCUCGAGUCGGGCCGACACGCGGUUUCGAUCAGGCUGAACGUCGAACCCGCGCUACGAAAUCGGCCGGAGCAGCGAUAUCGCUUGACUCGCGAUUGCGUCAUCUUCUAUUACCAUCCGCCAGCCACUGCUACGCGAUAUCGAUGGCUGGCGGUCGCGUCACUCCGAUCGUCGAUCCGGCUGCGCCGGAUUCGAGUAAACCCCUUAAGCAGGCAACUGUUUCUCCUUCCUCUCCCCCUCCCUCUCCUUCUGCUUCUCCUAAUCGUCACCGAUGCCGACGAUGACGAACGCGUUCGACGCGGCGACCAAACCGAUUGUCCGAACGAAAGGAACCUCGAAUUCGUCGUACACUACGCGACCCAUCGAAAUCGCUUCCGCGUUCCUCUUCCGUACGUCGUUCGAGUGGAUGCGAGUUCGUUGCGUUUAGAGCGGUAGCUGCGGCCCACGCGUCACUCGCGAUUCGUUGGACGAAGCGUAGCUCGGCUCGAUCGCGGACAGGGUGCGUGGACGCGACCACGAGGCCCGUUCUUAACGAGCUCGCGAGUCUACCCCGUGCACGGCGAGCCGCGUAAACGAGAGGCGGAGCAACCGCUUGCAAGAGGUCAGAGGCCACUACCAAUCGCAAUCUCCCGAUAACCACUCUUCUCGCUGUAACUCCUCUCUCGUCGGAUAUACGCUGGCCGUCAGUUUUUUCCUUUCCACGCGCUGCAAACGAUGCGUGGAUACGCGAGCGCCGCCCUCUUCGCGUCGCUUUUCCACCGUUCCAUCGGCGUUCGAUCCCGCGAAAAAUCCAAGUAGUCGGACGACUAUUCGUCACCGCAAUCGAUUCAAUCACAUUUUCCGACCUCGCGCGUUCCGAUAAACGACACGUGUCGCGGCAUCCGCAUAAUCGUUCGAUUUGUACGCGUCGCUCUUCCGUUCGUGACCAUUGCCGUCGACCGACGUUAAAAGGUUCGCCUUCGCUUUUCUCCUACUCUCCCUUAUCGGCUUCGUUUUACGCGAAGACAAAUAGCUUCUCCUUUUUUCAUCCGCUCCAUCGUUUCCGCUCUGCACGCGCACGUGCACGCGCUCGUAUUUACCUUUAACUAGUCAUUCUCCCGAUUUCAAUUUCUCAUUUCCACUGUUCGGCUACGUAAUCGAGAUCGAAUCGAUCGUGCUACUCGCGACGAACGACCGAUCGAGUUUCUUCGAGCUAUGCUGCCGCUUUUCCCCCUUUCGUCGUCUUUUUCGCGCUUUCGUCGCUCGCGAACGGUAAUCGCGCCUGAAAAGUCACGAUUUUUCUGGUUUUCGUCGUUGCGUCGCGUCGUCGCGAUACCUUCGGUCGAGAACGAAACGAGAAAUUACCACGGUACAUACUCCAAACGUAACCGCGAUUAUCCCAUUAGCGCCAUCGAUCGAUAGCUCUUCGAAUCUCUUGCUUACCUCGUAAGUCAUCGAUCGACUAUCGUCUUCCCGUCGAUAGAUUUCAGGAUGUAGCAGAACCGAACGAUUCAAACUUACCGUUAGCAAGAUCUUCGUUUCCACGCAGGUGGUAAAGAUGGAAAACUUCACCGUCGAAUUUCCUUUACCUUGAUUCGCCUCCUGUUUAAACUCGUAAGCGAGCAAGUACCCGUACUUGGACUCGUUUAACUAUCGUUCGGUGUACUUAUGUAAGUAUGAUAAGCGGCGUAACGGUCUCUGAUCCAUCUCGUAUGUUCGUGGGAUCGUUGUAACCGAUCGAAUCUCUCUAUAUUGGUUUCUCAGGUUAUUUUUGCGCGCAUUUCAUUUACUAAAAAUUAACCACAGUUGAUAGCAGAUCGAAACUUCCGCGGAUAACAUAUCGGUAUAAAUUCCGUAGUGUAAGCACGUUUAAGUUUUCAUGUAUAAUGUAUCUGCGUCUUUACGUGAUCGAGAUUUCGCAAUUCUCUUAUUUAUUGUUGGAAAAUCCUCUUACGAUAGAACGAAAUCGUCGACAUCGAUGUGCAAAGAAUCGACGCAACGAGAAAUCUUUUUUUAAAGAAUGCUUUUCCGUUCAAAUCGUUAACGCAUAAACGAACCAAGGACGAACGCUUGUUAUUUAUCUACAACGCGAUUCUAUUUAUAUAGCCUAACCGUUUUUCUCAUUUUCUUUUUUGCUCUACGACGCGAACGUGGUACGCGACACUACGCGCUAAUAAUCCGUCUCCUCCGAAACAUCGGAUAGAAAUGUUUCUCGCGAGCCUUCACACCAGCAAAUUUGAUCGCUGCUGCGUUACCGUUCCAAUUAUUACCGCUUUGUCUCGCGCAAAAUCGUAUAAAUAAUCCCAGCAAUUAAGCAAGUAAAUGCGUUGCUGUUUGAAUAAAAAAUGUAAUUAUCCCUGCGAGCAGAAGGCCAAUCAUUUACGAGACGUUGACGGACUAAAUUGAAAUAUUUUUUACCUUUUCCCGUAAUACAGUACGUAAAUACGUAAGGUUCUCCCGUUCCGUUUAAGCGCUCGCUUAUGGAUUCAAGGAUCAACUUUUUUGAACAUCGAUUUCAUUCGCGGUACUUCCAUUCUCCUCUCCUUCGCACAUAGCCGUACGAACUUUCUCGCCGAGGAACAACCCUCGAAGGGAUGAACGCCACGAUAACGUUUUCCUGAUGAUGACGGGAUAAAAGCGUUUGUUCCACUAUGCAAACCGGAUAGACUGGGUGGUGCCUGUGAAAAAUCAGCAAUCGGAAUACGUUCGGCAAUGUCGCCGUUGGAUCGAUCUAAGAUAAUUUCAGAGACAAUUCGGAUGAAGAAAGAACGUCGAGACAAAGAUACGGAUCUAGAAAAGCAACGAUAAACGGUCUGAAAAACGCGAAUGCUCGGUCGAAUCGGUACACGCGAUUCAAUGAAAUAACCAAUGGCUAAAAUAAAAAACAAUUUAUUAACGACAAUAUCUAUAAUUACACUGUAAUAUAUCGCGCAUGAGAAGCAGUAUUCCACUUCGUAUGUCGCCUAUAUUUCCCCGUUUCUGUUCGCAGAACUGCUGCAUGUCAGACCAUCGAUCAAAUCGCGCAAACUUACCGUUGUAAUAAACGAAAAACGUUCGACCGGCUCUGCGAUUUCGAGUUCGUGUUGUCGUCUUGUUCGUUUGAACGCAGAUGCGGAAAAUCAAUCGGGAUGAUCGUGAAUGCGAACGAGGAAGCGAAUAGAAAUCGCACAGUAAAAACGAACGAUAGGACGAAACACUGCUCGGUCAUCGCCUUGCAUCCUGUCUUAUUUAAUUAUUUAUUUUUCAUGCGCAAUAAUAGUAUAGAGCGAUUUACUUCGUAUCACCUGUAUCGAUAUAUCACGGUGGUUUGGAAUAUCGAAUCGGAUAGCUGAGAUGACGUCUCUAACGCGAGAACGUCGCUUGGAAAGAGACAGCGAGUCGAAUAAAAGUUCCGAUGCGAGAAGUACAAUGUUGCAACGAUCGUUGCGAUUCCGACGAUGCAGUGCGUGAUUUGACGCGUUCACAGCCGUUGACGUAAAAUUACGUCAUGUGUAAUAUAGGUAUGUAAUAUAAAUAAUAAACAUUCUAUUUAGACGAA